UGAGAUCCACAAAUGUUAAUGUGGAAACAACUUUCAUAUUCGAUUUUAUUUUGUCAAGCAUCCAUAUCUAGCACAAGUUUGAGUUCUUGAAAAAUCUAAACUUUUGUGAUUUUAUUUCCGUAAAUCUACACGUACAUAAAAUGAGUAAAUCAAAUGGAGCUACACCACCACAGUAUACAUACGUCCCGCCACCAUCAGCACCACCAUCUUAUCAGGAAGCGGUUGGGGGAGUUAAACCGGUUGGUCCUUUUACCCCAAUUUCGCCUCCUGUAGCACCAUCAGUUAAUAAUACCAUUGUAACUACUGUUGUGCCCAUUGGUCGAUCCGCAACUCAUAUGAUAUGCCCUUCUUGCCAUGUGGAAAUCGAAACCACAACACGCACUGAACCUGGUAUGAUCGCCUAUCUGUCAGGAUUUAUAAUAGCUCUUUUAGGUUGCUGGCUUGGUUGUUGCCUAAUACCAUGUUGCAUAGACGAUUGUAUGGAUGUACAUCACACAUGUCCAAAUUGCAAAGCAUAUCUUGGGCGUUACCGACGAUAAAGUAUAUAUAAAAUUGGUUCACAGAAUUUAUUUAAAAAGAAAGAAGAGUGUUAAAAACGAAUUACUUUGAACAGGGAACAUUAGUUCUAAUAAUCACACCGAAACCGGCUACUUAUGCGAUGCGAAUAUUUUACCUGUAAUAUGCAAAUGUAACUAUAAUUGAAUUUAUUAAAGUUUGUGAAAACUCUAAAAAGCUCGCUUUAACGGCCUUAAGAAAUAAGACCCAAAUCUUUGAUAAAGUAAUUUUCUUAUCAUCCAGAAAACAUCAAAAAUCUAAAAAGAAAUGUUAAGAAAUAGUACUAAAACUUGUAUUCAGUCGUUAUUGUAAAAUAAUUAACCCAAAUCGAAUAUGCCUUAUGCUUAUAAUAAGUACAUACAUAUAUUAAAUGUACCAUACUAUGAGUUGCUCAACGUAUAAAUAUUAUGACUCGUAAUUAAUUAAUUUAAUUUGGAAUACAGCAUAUCAAUGUCAUACAUAUAUAUAUAAUGUAAUAUUUAUUCGGAAAUUUUAUUUAAACCCUAAAAGCUACAAGAUUUUGCUAUCUAAAUACUUACAAAUGCACAAUACUAGUUAGCGAUUAUUUGAAUUUCGUUCUUAUUUAAUUACAGAUUGAUUAUACUACUCAAACGAUUACUUAAAAUUUUGAUUAAUGGAAAUUUAAUUUCAUUUAUUAAAAAAUCCGAUGUUUUUGUAGAUAGAUUUUUGCAUUGUGAACACGUUCAAAAUAAACCAAAUAUAUACUCGGAUCAUUAUUGUU